AUAUGAUCAAUGACGAAUCUGUACGUAAGUAUUGCACUCUGUAUAAUUUCAACAUAUCAUCAAUAAUAUUCUCCAUUAUCAAUCUAACAAUGGCAAAUAAUCAUGAAGAAGAGCGAAAACAAACGGCGAGAAGCAGGAUUCCCUUCGCCGAACUCAAUCAAGUCAGCACGGAUUUCGCCAUUGCAAUGGCGUUACAAGAACAAGAGAGGGCUGCCACAAUGCUCACCACCAUCGAAAGUGAGAGUAGCGACGUCGAUGAUCAAACCGAUGAAGAAGAAACUUUCGAAAAUAAUUACGAAUACUUGGAAGGGCAUAAUGAGUUCGAAGCAGAACUAGAGUUCCUGGAGGGACAAGAUAGCAACUCCGAGGCUGAUGAUGCAAUGGAUGAAGAUGAAGAAGAAGAAGAAGAUGAUAUCGAUGUAGACGAAUUAACAUACGAAGAGUUGAUCGCGUUGGGAGAAUUCAUCGGAGAAGAAAAAAGAGGUCUAUCAUUAAAUGAAAUAUCGAAAUGUUUGCAUCCAAGCAAAGGUUCAUUCGACAGCAAAUCGGGUAUCGAUCGUUGUGUAAUCUGUCAAGUUGAAUACGAAGAAGGUGAAGUGGUGGUAGCUCUUCCUUGUGAACAUCCUUAUCAUUCAGAAUGCAUAACCGGUUGGCUUCAAGUCAAGAAGAUUUGCCCCAUUUGCAGCACUGAAGUUUCACCGCCCAAGAAUACGUCUAGCUAGCUAUAGUUUAAUUAGAACAUUACUUAUUCAGAUCAUGUAAAUUUAUUUGGUUGUAAAUAAUUGUGAUCAAAUUCUUUACAUCUCAUUGUUAAUUGUAUAGUUGAAAGCAUUUAAUAAAAA